CUUGAGGAAAGGCGCAGGGGUUGUGGUGAAUGGGAAGUUUGCAUGGGCGAGGUUUGGUAUCGAUUUAAAGGCCGGACUGAGCCUGGGUGGCAGCCGUGAUUGACACGACAUGCUUACCGAUUUGUAGAUGCCCCGUGGCGGGGAAACCCUCCCUUCUGAUUGGUCGGUUCUCCCGCGGGACAGCCAAUCCCGUGGCCCGCGGGGGGCCUCCCUCAUUUUCGCUGCUUUAACUUUUGGAGGCAUUCUUGAGUGGCGCUAUUAUCGGAGGUUUGACCGCAGCCGGGUGCGAGUGAGCUACCGUGUCGACCGAGCAGGUUUUUCGGCAUCCCAUUGGAAGUACUCCCGAGCGCGUUAUGGAUUCAGUGCGGUGCCAGGUGUCGGUCUUGCUCCUGUUCGUCAUUUGGUCUCAGACGGCGGACGUCGGCAUGGGUUCCCCCGGCUGGUGGUAUCUAGCGGUGGGACCACAGUUCAGUUCGCUCGCUGCUUCCAACGCGGGAGGGCAGGGAAGAAGAUGGCCGCUGGUAUGCAGUAGUAUACCAGGUUUGGUGCCGAGACAGAUCCGGUACUGCCGGAAGUUUCACGAGAUCAUGCCGUUCGUUGCGGACGGCACGAAGCUGGGGAUUCGGGAGUGCCAGCACCAGUUCCGCGGCCGCCGCUGGAACUGCACCACCGUCCAGGGACAGGUCUCCAUCUUCGGACCAGUCUUAGACAGAGGAAACAUCAGUACCACACCAAAAACACUCCCACGACCACGUGCAGGGGACUCCAUACUCGGUCCGGCCGUCAACAGAGCUUCAAGAGAAGCUGCCUUCGUUCACGCCAUCACCUCGGCAGGGGUGGGCUACAGCGGCACUAAAGCAUCCAGAGGAAACUCUCCGGAAUGCGGCUGUGACAACGACACAAGGAGGACGGGACCUCCCGGCGAGGGAUGGAAGUGGGGAGGAUGCAGUGAAGAUGUUCUCUUCGGCACCAAGUUCUCGCGAGACUUCGUGGACGCGAGAAUACGGGGAAGGCGAGACGGGCGCUCAGCCAUGGACAGACACAACAAUGAGGCAGGCAGACAGUCCAUCAUGAAGAACCUGCAGCUGAAGUGUAAGUGCCACGGCCUGUCGGGCAGCUGUGAGAUCAAGACGUGCUGGUGGGCCCAGCCGGACUUCCGCACGGUGGGAAACGUGCUGAAGGACAAGUACGACUCCGCCUCGGAGAUGGCCGUGGAGCGCCACCGCGAGCCCUCCGGCAUGGUCGACUCCCUCUACCCGCGGUACAGCUUCUUCAAGGCGCCUGGUAAGGACGACCUCAUCUACUUUGAGGUCUCACCCAACUUCUGCGAGCCCAACAACUCCACAGGCUCGCUGGGCACCAAGGGUAGAGAGUGUAACAUCACGAGCCAGGGGAUCGACGGGUGUCAGCUGAUGUGCUGCGGCAGAGGCUGGAACACGCGGACGGAGAUGAGAACUGAGAAGUGCCACUGCCAGUUCCACUGGUGCUGCUACGUCACGUGUCAGGAGUGCCAGAAGAAGCACCAGGUGCACACGUGCAAAUGACGCGACAAAAAGUGGUGGCGAGGCGGCUGGCAUAUCUUGUUGAUGACAUCAUCGUUUUGGAACAUUGCCGUUGACACUGACAUCACACGAAGGAAACGGUGGCCGCGCUUAAGAUACGCCUCCUACAGCCUUGCCAUUAACGUCUACCGUUCAUAGAAUAUAGAUUAAGUCAUGUCCAAUGGCAACAAAACAGUCCAAGCCGGCAUCUCUAUGUGGAAUUUUUACACUGUUAAACAUGCACCUGACAACCUACAUACGAUUUCCAUUCUUUACCUAGGAGGGAGAAUCCCAAGGCACCAUCGAAUGUGCUAAAACCACCCCAAAGAAGUUCUUUUACUUGAAGAUCUAAUAGGAUCAAAACACUGCCCAAAGUUUCCUCCCCUGAGGUGUUGCCAAGAACGCCUGCGUAACUGCCCCCAUCAGCUACUGAAAUGUAUUUUUUUCUCUAUCAAAAUCUGUAGGAUUUAGUCAAAUUUAUGAUACAAUCAAAACCAACGAUACAUCCCACUUUUCUGGACUUCCGAUUGUCAGGUCUGAUUGGGGGACCAUCAGUGACCAAUGAAAAUGGGUGUUUGGGUGAUUCAUUUGCACUGGGUGAUAACAAAGUUGUGCCAUGACUAAAGGCACUACGCACAUUUCACUUUAACCAAGGACGUUACGUCAUUGCUUUAACACAGUAUCAACUCAAGAUCAUUGUUGUGGUCUCUGUCAUCAUGGUAUGUCCUAGUGUAGCAACUCGACGAGUAUCUAUGUUCCUCGUUCAUUGUGAUGGUUAGGCACAUUUUAGUGGGGUUCUUUUCAAUAAGGAAGGUUCACGAUCCCAUGUCCGCAUGCACAAUGUCAAAGGUGAAGUCCCCUGACGUGCAAACAGUUCUUAUCUCGACCAUGCUUUAUACAUGCCCAGAUGUAUCUAUGGCUGCUGUUUUAUACCUCAGGGUUCUUCACCUUUGACCUGUGCAUGAGCAGUUGGACUGGUGAAUGGGCUUAUAGCAACAGUCUAUCAUGGCCAUGUAUUGUACCAUAUUUUUAUUGACGUGUUUCUUUGAAGUCUUGAUACUUUUGGCUUCGCUCUCUCUGUACAUUUGUAAAGAAUGAAAUGUUGUACUUACUUUAAAGGAGAAACAUGAGGAAAGGCUUCUUCGAGUCUUCUUCUUACGAUGGUGACUUUCAAAGAUGUUCUAUUUAUUGGUUCCUUGUAAAUGUUAUAUUGCUCGUGUGUUAUGACUAUCAUGAUGUAACUGUUGAGAUGUUAAGCCUUUCUUCGAAGGAUGCAGUAUAAGCUUCCCUUGGGUCAAUAGACCUCGCAUUUUGUCAUUGAAGAUGUUUUAACCAAAGCCACAAAAGCUUUAUAUCUAUACAUUUACAGAUAUGUAUAUGUUUCAUGUUGACAUUUUAAAACUACAUAGGCCUAUGCUACCAGUGUGUAAAAUAUCUUUUUAUCAGCUAACAAUAUCAUAGCAUAUUCCCUAUUGAAGCUUUUAGAUUCUUACCACAGACAAGUUUUAAUCUGAACUGAAAGUACAAGCUAGGAAAGGUUUGGUUUAGUUUUGUUUUGUUUAAGUAAAAAAAAUCUGUGCUUAUGAAAUUUGUUUAGAUGAGUACAUUUUGUACUUGUAGAAAAGUUUUUUCAACACUUUCUUCACUGUCACAGAGAAAUGUAACUGACUCUGGUGAAUAAUUUUAUCAUGCAGAGAUGCUGCAACAUAUUAGAAAUUAUGUUGUUUAACUCACACAAAAUCAGUGAGACAUGUCGACAGUUUUGAUGCAAGAAGAUGAAAAAGAAGAUCAACCUGUAUUUAAGCCAUUCCAGUACCCCCGCCAUAGUAGUGAAGGGUAGCCAUCCAGUAUAGUUGUAUCGCAAACAGUCAUUUGCAGUUUGUGACAGUACGUUUUUAACAGAUGUCUUAAACAGAUCCGUGUAGACAGUACGUUUUUAACAGAUGUCUUAAACAGAUCCGUGUAAAGUUGUGAAAAGUGUUGUUCCUCGUACAUGGUAGUUAAGAUUAACCUUCUCUGUGCUGACUACCCAGUAACCAAUGUCAAUUUGGUGUUUGGUUCAGGCUACCAAAGUAAAGCAGCUGUAAAACUUUUAACCCUGACACCUGAAACUGGCUUCUGGUAUGAUUGAGCCUGGUUUUGCUGGUAAGAUUUUUAUGACGAGUAAAGCCAAAGGCAUUUUCAAAGUGUUGGAGUUUAACAUAACUUACAAAAUAUCAUGGAGUCAAAUAGGGAAUGAAAUGCAAUAUCAGCAAAGUCAAAGCAUCGUUCAUACCAGAAGCCAACAACAGGAAUGAGUCAGCACUAGUGAAACAGUUAUUAAAAAGAGUCUACAUUUGCCCAUUUUGUGUUCCUAUGGCUUCAUGUGACGAAUGCUGUAAAUAUGGAUACAUGCGCCAGGUUUCAAUAAAUCAUUCUAUUUUUAAUACGAAA